AUGCCACAGACACCUUUGGAUAAGAUGCUUACUUCGAAAGAUGCUUUCUUAGGUUUCUUCCCCGUCCAGCUUCUCCCCAAACGACUGCUACCCAGCUACUGUACCCCAUCCAACAUUCUCAGCAAUGGUCAUAGCAACUUGAGUGUACUUGGCGAUCCUACUGGUGACCCGGAAGAAUGGACGGUUGGCGAGAUGGAGGUGUGGUUGGGGAGGAGAGGGCUAGAGACUUUCGGCACUCGUGAGGAGGUACUUGAGAGGGUUAGGAUGUGCAUGCGGGCGAGGAAGUAGGGGCGUUUUAGGCGACGGUUGUGGAUAGGAUGCACAAGGUGGCGUAUCGAGAGGCGAGCUGGUCAUGCGUAUGCGUCUGGUACGAUCUGUUGCUAUUGUGGGGUAUUUUGUAAGUGCGAUAGUGGCGGUGGUAUGGUAAUUUGGCUUGUUGGAGUUCGGGACACGAUUUGGAUAUGGGAAAUUGUUAUCAACUUUUCCUCUAACUUUUCAAGUAAACACAAUACCUGUUAAAUCUCUUUCUACCUUUC